AUGCCAAAUUUCACUAGAAAGAUGCUGAUAACACCACUUCAAAAGUCACAUUUUCUUCUGCUUGAUUGUGAUGCUCUUCCUCCGCCACCGCCACCGCCACCGCCGCCCCUCCGCCACAGCUCCCUCUCACCACUCAUAGUCAUCAUGCUCUGUACUGCUGCUACUACCUUCUCUUUUCUCUGCUACAUCCUCAUCAUCAAAGCAUGCCGUACUUUCCAAAAAAGAUUUCGAACCCGAACCCAUGGACGAAACAUUAAUACAAACGAAACCCAUCAAGAUUUUGUCGAUCGAGAGCAUGGUUCCAUUGUGUUCCACCCCAUCUGGUUAAUCAAUACCAUCGGUCUUGACCAAUCGGUAAUCGAUUCACUUGGGGUUUCCGUAUACAAAAAGGGACAUGGGUUCAUCAAUUCCGAUUGUGCAGUUUGUUUGGGGGAGUUCCAAGAUGAAGAAAAUCUUCGAAUUUUGCCCCAAUGUAACCAUGCCUUUCAUGUCUUUUGUAUCGACACUUGGCUACGCUCUCAUAAGAACUGUCCAGUAUGUCGAGCUUCAGUAACCAACAACACCAAAAUCGAAUUGAAUCCCAUUGAAUCAAACUCACAAGAAGAAAUCCCAAUUGGGGAUUUGAGAAAUGAGACCCAAGAGAUCGAUAAAUGUUUGUUUGGGGGGAUCAGGGUGCAGAGUGAUUUGAUAGAUCAUCGUCGUCGUCAAGAACCAGAACCAGAACCAGAAACAAUGAGGAGAUCAGUGUCAAUGAAUAUGAUUCAGUUAUCAGCUGGUAAUGGUGAUCAAGAACCAAAGAAGGCAAAUAUGUUGCAGAAAACCACAGAGAAUCGAUCUUUUCAAAUUAGAGGAGAUAUCAAGUCUGAAUCUUUAUGAUUGUUUUCAUAGCAUAAAGUUUUAGUGUAAUGGUGUUGUAACCCAUAUCAAAGAUGGGUAUAUAUUGGUUGACUUAGUUACUAUAUGAUUAUGGGAUAUAUUUGAAUUAUUACCCAUUUUGAA